AUGUUGUGUUGACGUCACAAUCAGCCCACUUUGCAGCCUCCCACUUCAAAACCGGUUAUGGUGCUAGUGGUCUCUGAGCUUGACCAUUGACUAAAUUGGCUCAAAAAGCUAAAAACUGCCCACUCAGAUAUGAAGAGUGUUCUAACAAGACUGAUCUCACUGUGAAUUCGGCAAAAGUAGAUUGAAAGUUCUUGCAGUUAAACUUGGUCCGUGCUUACUGAAAGCAUGUAUGGGUUAAUUUUAGCUCCAGAUUCUGGGUGAAAUCUCCACAGAGGGGCACCAAAAGUGAGUUUUAAAGCGAGUUGUAUUUAGUUGUAAAUGACGAAACACAGCGAAGAGGAAUUGAUAUUUUAUUAACUCUACCCCCAAACCCCAACCCUAUUACUUAACGUCAGUGGAGUAAAUAUUACCAAUCUUACAGGAAAAAAUGCAACCUCUGAAUCACACUCAUCAUUGAUUACGUGAGCACGAUUACUUUUUGGUUUGGACGAGAAUCCAGACCUCCGAGGCUUCUGAAGCAUUGUGUUAUGAGUCACACCACAGGAGAAGUGCAGCACACAAAAGCUCACAAAACCACAGUACAGACUAUUUCACAGACGUGAAAUGAUUCAUCAUGAUUCAUCAUGAUUCAAUUCAUCAUGAUGGCGCCGCGGAUGGCCGCCUCGGUGUGGAGCACUCCUAUUGUUUUGUAGUUUUUGUUUGUUUGUCCUGUGUUUAGUAAUCUUUUUCCAAUCAGUUUUACCAGAGACGAACUCCUGAACAUUCGACAGCAUAUACCAGACAAUCUUUUCCCAGUAUUUGAAUAUUCAGACAUUUUGCUGGACAUUUUAGUUGGAGGCGCGGCUGUGUUGUUCAAGAGACGCAGGCGAGGGAGACAAGCAGGCGCGCUGGUCAAGCUCCAUCUGCGCGGCUUUCGAACAGCGCUGCCGAGUAUUCAUCUUGCGAAUCUCCGCUCUCUUCAUAACUAAACGGAUGAACUACAUCUCCUCACCCACACAAACAAGGACUUUUCAACCUCUGCUGCCUUGUGCUUCAUAGAAACCUGGCUGAGUGAAACCAUUCCAGACAGCGCGUUACAUCUGCUGGGCUUUCAGCUGUUCAGAGCGGAUCGCAUCGCAGUAUUAACAGGGAAAAUGAGAGGCAGUGGAACAUGCUUUUACAUCAAUGAAAGUUGGUGUACAGAUGUAACAACGUUAAAGAAGAUGUGCUGUCCUAAUUUGGAAGCGCUCUUUAUUAACUGUAAGCCUUUCUACUCACUGCGGGAGUUUUCCUCGUUUAUUCUGGUGAGUGUUUACAUCGCGCCAAAUGCAUUUGAAUGCCGCGCUGCAACAGCUGGCUGAUCAGAUCACAGACACAGAAUAACAAUACCUGGACUCAGUUAUUAUUAUUCUUGGGGAUUUUAACAAAGCAAACCUCACACGUGAAUUGCCCAAAUACAGACAGCAAAUACAGGACUCCUACCCCCAACCCUGUGGUGGACCAACAACUGGCUGAUGACCUGAAUGUGUUCUACUGUAGAUAUGAAAGGCCCAAUCUUACACCCCACACCCGCUCUGACCUUCACUUCACACAAACUCCAACACCUCCUGAAACCGCCCUUCUCCCCCCUCCUGCUACUCAACCUGCACUAAAGAUCUGUGAAGAUGAUGUGUGCCGUGUCUUUCGAAAACACAAAUGAUAAGGAAAGCACAGGGCCCAGAUGGCGUUUCACCUGCAUGUCUUAGAUCCUGUGCUAACCAGCUGGCCCCCAUCUUCACACUGAUUUUCAAUAGAUCACUGGAGCAGUGUGAAGUUCCCUUCUGCUUCAAAUGCUCAAUCAUCAUUCCUGUCCCAAAGAAACCAAAAAUCACAGGACUUAAUGACUACAGACAUGUUGCCCUGACGUCUGUGGUCAUGAAGUCAUUUGAGAGACCAGUGUUGGCCCACCUGAAGGACAUCACUGGACCCUUUCUAGAUCCCCUUCAAUUUGCUUAUCGAGCAAACAGGUCUAUGGAUGAUGCAGUCAACAUGGGAUUGCAUCAUAUCCUGCAACAUCUGGACAGUCCAGGGACAUAUGCAAGGAUCAUUUUUGUGGACUUCAGUUCGGCUUUCAACACCAUCAUCCCAGCUAUUCUCCGGACUAAAUUACACCAACUCUCUGUUCCCACAUCUAUCUGUCAUUGGAUUACCAGCUUUCUGAUGGACAGGCAACAGCUUGUGAGACAGAAAAAACAAGAAUCACUGCCGUCCUCAUCAAAGGCUGUGGAUUAUUUAGUAUCCAUUCCUCCAAUGGUUCCUCAGCUGUCGGAUACAGAAAAAAUAUCUAUCCUGCACGCUGCGCUCAAGGAGUGUCUGCGACUUCUGGAAGAUGUCAUUACCCGGGAGGAUGCAGAAUUUUCAGAUGAAGAAAACGAGUAUAAGAAACAGCGGAAAACUGUAAGGGAUCGUCUGAGACACCUGUUGGUGAGCACAGAGCGACUAGUAGUGGAUGGCCAGAAAUUUGAAGCUCAAGUCAAAGAGGAGCUGGAUGGACAGAUGAGCAGUGGAAGCUUCAGUCUUAAGAUGUGGAUUCUGCGAUUACUGCAGGACCUUGUACACUGGACUGGCCAGAUAUCAGACACCCUGCAAUCUCUGCCAGCUGAAAUGGAAAAAACACCAAAGACAAUGUCCCGAAGGAUAAGGAGAGGGGUGGAGAAAAUAAGGAAAUGAGAAUGGAUAUUUCUUUAUCACACAGAAACAAGAGUAAAAAAAGAAAAGAAAAAAAAAAGAGUGAAAGGGUGGAGCAGAUGGGGAUAGUAUGAUAAGAAUGAGGAAAAAGGAAUUUCAUAUCAGCAUGGAGAAUUUAGAGGGUAAGAUGACCAAGAGAUGCAGGCAUUGGAAUUUAGCAUUCCAGCAUGCUGAGAAGCAUGGAGGGCAGAGUUUGAAGAUUUGUGUGUGUGUGUGUGCGAAAGUGAUUGUAUUUUACAUAUUUUGCUUUUCAAAUGUUAAACUUUAUUGAGGCUUAAUAGCAAGAAAUGUAAAUAUUUUAUUGAGAUUAAGCAAAACACACACACAGUAUACUGUAUUUUAUUACCUCAUAAUAUAAAAUUAUUGACCUUAAGAUUGUUAAGUCUUAACAAACACUGUUAUAUUUUUUAAAAAUAGUUACUAUGCGCAGGGCCAGAAGGAUCAAAGCAUUCUAUCUGUUUAAGGAACUAUGCUUUUUGGGACAUGACUACAAAAUCCACUCCUAUGUAAUCUUUGUUUGUACAGUAUAUCAUAAUUACUGUAUACAUAAAGGAAUUCUGUCGUUCACUCAAAAAUGAAAAUUUACUCAUCCUCAUGCCUGCCCAGAUAUGUAUGACUUUCUCUCUUCUGCUGAACACAAAGAUUUUUAGAAGAAUAUUUCAGCUCUGUAGAUCCAUAUAAAACUGAAUGGUGGCCAGAACUUUUAAGCUCCAAAAAGAAAACAUAUAGGCAGCAUAAAAGCAAUUCAUACAACUCCAGUGGGUUUUUUUUUUUCAUUUUUUCUCCCAAUUUGGAAUGCCCAAUUCCCAAUGCGCUCUAAGUCCUCGUGGUUGCGUAGUGAUUCGCCUCUGUCCGGGUGGCGGAGGAUGAAUCCCAGCUGCCUCCAAGUCCGAGACCGUCAACCCGCGCAUCUUACCACGUGGCUUGUUGAGCGCAUUGCAACGGAGACAUAGCGCUUGUGGAGGCUUCAUGCCAUCCACCGCAGCAACCACGCUCAACUCACCACGUGCCCCACUGAGAACAAACCACAUUAUGGCGACCACGAGGAGGUUACCCCAUGUGACUCUACCCUCCCUAGCAACUGGGCCAAUUUGGUUGCUUAGGAGACCUGGCUGGAGUCACUCACUAGCAAACUCCAGGGGUGGUAGCCAGUGUAUUUUACCACUGAGCUACCCAGGCCCCCACACAACUCCAGUGGUUUAAUCCAUGUCUUCAGAAGCAAUCCAGUUGGUUUUGGGUGCGAAUAGACCAAAAUAUAACUCUUUUUUUUAUUUUUUUAUUUUUUUUUUACUGUAAAUAUUGUCAUUGCAGUCUCAAGGCACAAUAAUGGUUUCAAGCUUGAUUAUACUUCCUAGUGCUUUACGAAUGCACAGAGCACUAGAUGGCAACUGGAAGUGUUAUCGUGCUUGAAAUCAUGAUCGCCAAGGACACUGCUGAAAACAAAGUUUUAUUUUGGUCUGUUCUCACCCAAAACCAAUUCGAUCACAAGACAUGGAUUAAACUACCAGAGACUUUAUAUAUGCUUUUUGGAGCUUCAAAGUUUUGGUCACUAUUCACUUGUAUUGUGGGGAUCAACCGAGCUGAGAUACUCUUCUAAAAAUCUCUGUUUGGUUUCAGCAGAAGAAGGAAAGUCAUACAUAUCAUGGAUGGCAUGAGGGUGAGUAAAUGAUGAGAGAAUUUUCAUUUUUGGGUAAAAAGGGAUUUCCUAGAAAUAUCUCUCCAAACUGACAUACAGUAUAUCUACUGUACAAAUGCAACACAUUUUGCAUACCUUAAAGGAUUUUUCCAGGUAUAUUACAAGUUUGCUCAAUUAACAGCAUUUGUGGCAUAAUGUUGAUAACCACAAAAGUAAUAAUAAUAAUUUUGACUCGUUCAUUGUUUAUUCAAAAAAUAUUGCGAUUACAAUAGGGCGCUUACAACUGAAGUGAAUGGGGCCAGUACAUGUACAUUAAAAUACAUACUGUUUCAUAAGUUUAGCCACAAGAAGUAAACAUUAUGUGUUACCAUUAUUUUAGUGUGAUAAAAUCGCUCUCUUAACCUUAUCUUUGUAAAGUUAUAUCCAAUAUUACUUUAAUAACUUUGUUGUCAUGAGGAUGUAACCGGUCUAUACUGUAAUGUGGUAAACGCCAUAAAGCCAGUAAAUCCCUGAUUUUAUGACACUGAAUCAUAUUACAGUAAUUGAUGUAAUGUUUUUGUCUUUUUGCAAUAUUUUUAAAGCAAUGUGCAUUUUUAGACAUUUACUUCCAUUGUAAGUGUUUUGCUCUAAAUGCAAUUUGUACUUUUUUUUUUUAUGAACGGGGCACGGGUCUACAUUAUUUGUUUAUGGUAAUCGCCUCAAAUGCUGUCUAUUGGGCUUAAAUUGUAUAGAACCUGGAACAUUCAUUAAAAAGGCUACUUCUUAACAUUUAUCACACAAAUGCUUCUCAUUCCUUCUACAUGUGCAGUGGGCAGUUAUGAAGUCUAUCAUCUGUUUGCGUUUGUUGGAUUACAGUAAUUCCCCUACGCCAUGCACACUGAUGGAACACUCACGCCCUCUGCUGGCUACAUAAAUGUACUGCUUUGUAUUCCAGGUCAAUUUGUCAGAUGUGACUCUGGUCACCUAGUGACAGAGAAAUGUCUACAUCUCCAAACUAGGACCUUUUCGCAUUUACUGCAGUUGUCACCUAUUUACUCUGUCUUUAGCAUAUGCUAAAUCAUCUACUCAAAAAUCUGUAUAUUAUAAUAAGGCUGGGUCAGCUUCUGUUGUAGGAAACUUGUACUAUAUACAGGAGAUUGCUGUGGAGCCAGAACUCUGGUGGAAGUCAAUAAGUCAGAGAAUUAGUAUAGAAAUCAGCACCUGGUUACUGUAUGAAGAUGACUGGAACUGGUGCAGAAUGAAGAAACAAUCUCAUUCAAUAAUUUAUUAUUAAUGUAUGUAUUCUAAACUUGCACUGCAUUAAAUGGCAAUAUCUGAACUGUCAUUAAAACA